AGCUGUGUUUAAUUUCAGCUGCUGUCACUAAGUUUUUCCCCGUGUGUGUUUUGUCUCGCUCAGCUUUGACGACCACGAUCCAGCGGUGAUCCACGAGAACGCCACCCAGUCCGAAGUUCUGGUUCCAAUCCGUCUGGACAUGGAGAUCGAGGGACAGAAGCUCAGAGACGCUUUCACCUGGAAUAUGAAUGAGAAGCUGAUGACGCCUGAGAUGUUCGCCGAGAUCCUUUGCGACGACCUGGACCUCAACCCGCUGGCCUUUGUCCCCGCCAUCGCCUCCGCCAUCCGACAGCAGAUUGAGUCCUAUCCGACAGACAGCAUCCUAGAGGAGCAGACGGACCAAAGGGUCAUCAUCAAGGUGACGCUCUUUAAAAAAAUAUUCACACAGUUUAGUGGAGCUACAUUUAUAACACGAUCAGGCCAUUUAACGUGACUCCUGUCCUUGUCC